AUGUCCACUGGCUCUCUCAGUGAUGUAGACGAUGAGCUUCUAGACGGCAUCUUUAAGUUUGCUUCUUCUGCUAAAGACUCCAACGAGAGCACAGAGGACAGCUCCAACGGAGAGAGUGCGUGCUCCGCAGAGGAGGCGGCUCAAGGCAAGAGGAGGAAAAGCGCGUCUCGAAAGUCCGCGCGUAAAGGCGCACCGCAGGAGGGCAAACAGGUGCAGAGGAACGCGGCCAACGCACGGGAGCGCGCGAGGAUGCGCGUGCUGUCCAAAGCCUUCUCCCGCCUCAAGACGUCCCUGCCCUGGGUCCCCUCUGACACCAAACUCUCCAAACUGGACACGCUGCGGCUGGCCUCCAGCUACAUCGCGCACCUACGCCAGAUUCUGGCCAACGACAAGUACGAGAAUGGAUUUAUCCACCCGGUCAACCUGACGUGGCCUUUCAUGGUGGCAGGAAAGCCGGAGAGUGAGCUGAAGGAGAUCCUCAACACGACCAGACUGUGUGGAACCACUGCCUCCUGA